AUCAAACACUUUUACAUAGGUCCUACAUGUGAACCAGAUAGGUACCCAGGGAAUAUUCAACUUGGACUUGCUUCAUUCUCGUAUUUUUUGUGUGUGUCUCACACUAAAUUAAAGAAAUGAGAGAUGCAACAUUCUGAGGCUAAAUAAUUCAAACUUGGCUAUUCUUCAAAGAGAGUGGGGGCAAUUCAAAUUAUCAGAGGAAGAAACAUCAUAAAGAAAGCAAAAGCCAAAUGUUUUCCACAGGAGUCCUUCUCUCUGCUGUCUUGAUUUCAACUGCACUAGCUGGACCAUGGGCUAAUAUCUGUGCUGGCAAGUCUUCCAAUGAGAUCAGGACAUGUGACAGUCACGGCUGUGGCCAGUACACGGCCCAAAGAGCUCACAGGCUUCACCAGGGUGUGGAUGUCUUGUGCUCUGAUGGAGCCACCGUGUAUGCACCUUUCACCGGAAUGAUUAUGGGCCAGGAGAAGCCAUAUAAAAACAAAAACGCCAUUAAUAAUGGUGUUCGGAUAUCUGGAAGAGGUUUCUGUAUUAAAAUGUUCUACAUUAAGCCAAUUAAAUAUAAAGGCUCUAUCAAGAAGGGAGAAAAACUAGGAACUCUACUGCCCUUGCAGAAAGUCUAUCCUGGCAUACAAUCGCACAUACAUAUUGAAAACUGUGACUUGAGUGAUCCUACCGUGUACCUGUAAGUGGAAGACACAUGACCACAUCUUCUAAAUAGAAAACCAACUUCUUAAAAACCUGGAUGCAUAUCCUACUCUUCAAGAAAUUUGUGUCCAAAUAAAAACACGAUGAAUAUAA